AUGCAUUUAAUUGUUGUUUUAGAAUCAAAAACAGGCGUUGAGACCAGUCACAAAACACAGAUUGACAUUUCGUUUAUCAAGAGACAAAGCUUUAUAAUGUUCAUGAUAUCGAAUGUUCUGUUCAUCGCUGGAUUUUACGUUGCAAUUGGGUUUCUCCCAGAGACAGGAAUCUCCAUUGGAAUAGGCAUGGAUGACAUAUCUUUGGUAUUUAGUAUUAGUGGAGUGCUGCAGAUUAUGGGACGACUUACGUUUGGAUUCCUGUCCUACAAACUCCCUUUACACAUUACAAAGCUGUGGAUUAUCUUCCUUUUUGCUGUUGGAUUAACCCUGUUAAUAGUGCCGUUUUCCACUAAACUUUACCAUUUCAUCAUUUUUGGUUUGUUAAACGGUUUCUUUCAAGGAGGGUCGUUAAUUGGCUUCAACUUGUGUUUGAAAAAUUUACUUGAGCUAAAAUAUUAUGGAAGAGGAUUAAGCUUGGCAUUAUCGAUGCAAGGUGUCGGUGGUCUUAUAGGAACCCCAAUUGCAGCAUUUUUACAGAAAGUGUCUGGAAAUGGAGACAUUGUAUACAUUUUUGCGUUUUCUUUAUUUAUUCUGUCAGGAAUUAUAUUGUUACCGUUUUCAAAACCAAGGAAGGAAACUCGAACAGAAAUAGAAAUAGCUGUAUCUCAAAACAAUUUCAAAGUGUAUACAAGACGUGUUGAACAAAGCAAAAACAAUGAAAUAGUAUAUGAAAGAGACAUGAACUUAUUUGAAUUUAACAUUUGAAGUUUCUCGUGUGAAGACAUUUAUGCACUGAUGUUAAUAAUCUGUCCGUAUGAAGACUUAUACUUACAAAUGAGAGCCACGAAAUGACAAGAAUAACGGUUAUUAUUGCUAAAAAGGAUAUUACAUUGAUUCUGAACUAUAAAGUCCCAAUGUGAAAAUCAUGA